AUGGCUCCAUUCUUGUCAGUGUUGCAACAACAGCCUACACAGCAACUCAAUUCGCUCUGUGACUACCACACGUUCAUCACCGCUAUCUUCCAUUCCGUCAUGAAGUUUACCACCGUCUUUGUUGCUUCCACCGCAACACUCGCCUCGGCGAAACUUCAGUACGAUGCCGCACCCUCGGAUCCUCAUGCUUGGAUGGCGGCGUCGCCAAAUGACUUCCGCGGCCCAUGCCCGAUGCUUAACACCCUCGCGAAUCACGGCUUUCUUCCCCGCGAUGGCCGCAACUUCACCCAAGAGAACGUAGUCAAGGGUCUGAAAGAUGGUCUGAACUUCAACGCGUCUCUCGGCGCUCUCAUGUGGCAGCAAGCAAUCAUUGCCAAUCCCGAACCAAACGCGACUUUCUUCACGCUCGAACAGCUCAACGUCCACAAUGUCCUCGAGCACGACGCCAGCCUGACGCGUACCGAUGCGGCAUUUGGAAACAACCACGUCUUCAACGAGACGGUAUACAAUGUAUCGAAGCAGUGGUGGACGGAAGAGGUGGUAACAGCUAAGAUGCUGGCCAACUCCAAGAUCUUCCGUCAGUUGGAGAGCCGAGCAACGAACCCAAACUACACCUUCACCGCUUCUACCGAAGAGUUCAGUCUGGGUGAAGUCGCAGCGCCUAUCAUCGCUUUUGGUUCUCUUGAGGAGGGUACUGUCAACCGCACGUUGAUGCAGUACUUCUUUGAAAAUGAACGUCUGCCUAACGAUUUGGGCUGGACAAAGAAGUCGGACGAGAUCACUCUCAUGAACAUUCUAGCUACGACUAGUAUUGUCCGCAACGCGACGAGUCUGCUCACCGGCGGCAUCACGGCCGAAGACUCACCGCACGGCAAGCGCGAUAUCCAUGGUGGAAUGUUCUAG